AUGAAAACCAGUAGGUCUAUUAGAAAUAUGGUGUUAAUUUAUGCAUUUGAUGGCUUAAACGAUAUUCAUGCAUUAGACUAUCAAACAAUUGAUAAUAAAACAUAUGAAUUAUUAACACAUGAAGUUUUAAGCAAUUACAAAGAUUUAUUUAUUGAUAAUAUUAAUAUAAGGAUAUCUCUUGAUAAUUGGAAGUCUAACAAGGCUAAAAAUUUUAAUGAUCUUUCUGAUUACAACAUCAUAAAUAUAACCAGUGGCUCUGGAAGUAAAUUUAUUAAAUCAUUUACAAUCAACAUUAGUAGUGAAAUAAACAAAAUUCUCUUGAAACCUGUAAAAAAGGAAUACCUUGAAAUCAAAAAUCUCAUCUUAGAAAUCUUAAGGUAUGCUACAUUGAAAGAAAGAUAA